AUGGUUUUAGUUCAGGACUUGUUGCACCCAAACCCAGCCACUGAGGCUCAGAAACACAAGAAGAAGACUUUGGUGCAGAGCCCAAGAUCUUAUUUCAUGGACGUCAAGUGCCAGGGCUGCUUGAACAUCACCACUGUCUUCUCCCACGCACAGACCGCCGUCACUUGCGACAACUGCUCCACCGUUUUGUGUACCCCAACUGGUGGUAAGGCCAAGUUGACCGAGGGCUGCUCUUUCAGAAGAAAGUAA